AUGGAGCAGCACUUUCUCGACGUCGGGAAGUCGGCUUGGGACGCCGCUGACGGGGCGCCGCAGCCCCAGCCUCCGUGCUUGCCGGUCUCCGAAGACCGGGGGCCGUGGCCGCUGCCCUUCUACCCGGUACUGGGAGAGUCCGCGGGCCACUACGACGCUUACCAGGGGCGACUGCUCUUCAGUCCUUGUUGGCAGCUGCCCUCGGUCUACGGCACGUACAAGGACUUGACCGCGGCCCAGAGCUCCUGGGAGGGAAGCCCAGGGCAGCCCGGUCUGGGUCCCUCGCCAGAGACGCCAGAGACGCCGGAGACGCCGGAGACGCCGGAGACGCCGGAGACGCCGGAGACGCCCGAGUCGCCAGAGAGCCCAGCGGAACCCUCCCGAGAGCCUGUGCCCGCGAAGGAAACUGCCUUGGAGCUGCUUUCCGAGACCCUGUGUCCCAGCGCCAGAGACCAAGUGCAAGGCGCCCAGAGCUGCGAAGGCGCGCGCCCCGCAGAGCGCCGCCCACCGCGGGCUCGGGUUGGACGGUGUGGUCGCGCGGACUUGUCGGGCUGCCUGCGGUGGAUCCGUCGCGCCGUCUGCUCCCUGAGCCGCGCGGCUGCGGGCUGCUGCGGGAUCUUCGUGGACGUUAAAGAGCCCCGAGACUGCGGCGGGAGGGAGCCCUGGGUUGGGGGGCGCCCGGGGUGA